GUGCCAUCGGGUUACAGUCGCCAUGGGCCACGAACACGACGGGGUUCUACAGUCCACAUCUGCAGUGCCGGCGAGCAGUGAUAAGAGCAAGCAAUCCAUAGAACAAUUGGACGGGAAAGGUUUGAAGCAAGCCGUAUCCAACAGACCUUGAUCUUGACCUCCUAGUCGUCCUGGACAAGCAGCGGGGAUCUUCCUCCUCUCAUUUCCUAUCUCCCGCAUCUACCACUGCAUUUACCUUCCCCCUCAUCCCAUCGGGCUCUUCCACCUCUUCCAAGGCAGCAGCGACUUCUAGUUAAUCACGCAUCAACAAGUGAGUCGCCGAUCUGCUGGCAGCCUGAUCCGGCGAGGAGCCUCCAUUCGUGACCAGCAUCGACCAGGGCAAAAAACUAUGGAAGUCGUGACGGGGGCUCUGCCAAGCGUCAUCACAAAGCUCGCUGGUCUAGCCGCUGGGGAGUACAAUCUGCAGAAGGGGCUGAAGGGGGAGAUCAAGUUCCUGCAAGAAGAGCUUGAGAGCAUGAAGGCUGCGCUGGAGUUCAUCUCCAGGACUCCGGCAGGCCAGCUUCCCAAUAAUGACAAGAUCUGGUCCAGGAAUGUGAGAGAGCUUUCCUACGACAUAGAGGAUAGCAUUGACACGUCCAUGGUGCAAUGCAAGGGUAAAAGGCUUGGCACACAGCACGGGCUAAAAAAGGUCAUUGAUAGGAGCCUCAACUUGUUGAUGCAGCCCAAGGUUCACCGUAAGAUAGCUAAAGAAGUCAGAGAGAUCAACCUUGGUGUUGAUAAACCUGUUACUGUUGACCCUCGUUUAUUCACUCAGUACACCGAGAUGAAAGAGCUUGUUGGAAUUGAAGAGGCAAGGGAUGAGUUCAUCAAUAAUUUUUUGACACAAGGGAAUAACGUUCCCAUGAAGCAAGGGAAGACCGUUUCAAUUUUUGGAUUUGGAGGCCUGGGAAAGACAACUCUUGCUAAUGCAGUUUUUGAAAAGAUUAGAGCACAAUUCGAUUGUUGUGCUUUUGUUUCUGUGUCUCAAACUCCUGACUUGAAGAGAUUAUUCAAGGGCUUACUCAAUGAUUUUGGCAAGAGCAUUAAUGAAGAAAUAUUGGAUGAGAGUCGACUCAUAAAAGUACUCGGAGAAUUCCUUCAGGACAAAAGGUAUUUCGUUGUUGCUGAUGACAUAUGGGAUAUCUCAGUUUGGAAAAGGAUUAGAUGUGCUUUGCCUGAUAAUGAUGUUGGAUACACAAUUAUUACAACUACCCGUAUUGCUGAUGUUGCUGAACAAGCUGGCGGUGCUUACAAGCUGAAACCCCUUUCUUCAAACAACUCUCGGAAGCUAUUUUUUAGAAGAAUAUUUGGUAACAAAAACAAAGACAGCAAUAAAGAAAUAGAAAAAUGUCCUGAUGAUGAACUUGCAGAAGUAUCUGACAGAAUACUAAAGAAAUGUGCUGGUGUGCCCUUAGCAAUUAUUACAAUGGCUAGCUUGCUAGCUUGCAAAGCAAGAAAUAAACUGGAGUGGUACGAGGUGUACAACUCUGUUGGUACUGGCAUGGAAAACAAUAUGGAUGUGGAGAAUAUGAGAAAGAUGUUGUCUUUCAGCUAUUAUGAGCUGCCAUGCCAUCUAAGGACUUGCUUGUUAUAUUUAAGCAUGUUUCCUGAAGAUUUUGAAAUUGGCAAGGACCGCUUGAUAAGAAUGUGGAUAGCUGAAGGUUUUAUCCAAUGGGAAAAACAGGGGAAGAGUCCAUUUGAAAUAGGAGAGUUUUACUUCAAUGAGCUCAUAAACAGAAGUAUGAUCCAACCGAUAUAUAACUACACUGGCAUGGUAAAGAGUUGUCGCAUACAUGAUAUGGUGCUCGAUCUUAUCCGUUCCUUUUCAUGUGAAGAAAACUUUGUUACCAUACUAAGUGAUAUGGAUAGCACAGCUCCAUCAAGUACGAUUCGGAGGUUGUCCCUUCAAAAUGGCAAGAAAAGUCACGUGAUGGCUCAGGCUACGAGAAACUUGUUGCAACGUGCAAGGUCAGUUGUUAUCUUCCCAGCAGCCGUUGCUCAAGUGCCGGCAGCUGGCAGCUGCCGAUUUUUACGUGUACUGGAUUUGGAGCAUUGCAACCUUUCACAUACUGAUAGCCUUAAGUACCUUGGAAAUUUAUACCAGUUGAGGUACUUAAGACUAUAUUCUACGCAUAUUUCUCAGCUCCCGGAAGAAAUAGGAAACCUGCAGUUUCUACAAACAUUGGAUGUGAGGGGCAAUUCUAUUUCCAUCUUGCCUUGGAGUGUUGUCCAGCUAAGAAAUUUGAUGUGCCUAGACAUUAACGUGACUACAAGAGUGCCAAAUGGAAUCGGAAACCUAACAUGCCUUGAGCAGCUGUCAUCGUUAUACAUUGACGGCUCCACCAUAAAUAUUAUAGAAGAGUUGGGCCAGCUAACUGAACUGAGGCAGCUGCGUAUCAAUUUGGACGAGUGGAAUGAUAAGCUGUUGGAGUGUCUACACAAGUUACAAAAGAUCCAGCAACUACAUAUCGUGGAUGUAGUUACCAUAGUCCAUCCUGGUAAACGCAGCAUUGGUGGAUUGGAUAGCUGGGUCGCCCCUCGACAUCUCCGUGAGUUGAAUACAGUUGACGGCUGUUGGUUUUCUACACUGCCGGCUUGGGUGAAUCCAUCACUUGUUCCGGUUCUCACCUGCCUAUCAAUCGCCGUGAGAGAGCUACAUCAGGGCGACCUCGACAUCCUCGGGAGGUUGCCAGCUCUCCGCUCUCUAUGUCUGAGGGUGGACAAUAGGAACCUUGGAAUCCUUGAGGGAUUCGUUGUUGGUGCUGGUUCGUUCCCGUGCCUUAUAUUUUGUUCCUUGCAAUUUGUAUGGCCAGUAGUGUUUCAAAAAGGAGCUAUGCCAAGGCUCACACGGCUUCGCCUGCCGUUGUUUUAUGUGCGGGAGGCAAGAGGAACUGCCAGCAACGAUGGUGGUUUCGACAUGGGCCUUGGGAACCUGCCAUUGCUGCAGGCGAUCAUUGCUGAAGUCCGAUGCGAAGGCGCUAGCAAGGAGGCGGCGGAGCAAGCCAAGGCUGCACUGACGCAUGCAGCUGAAAUGCAUCCCAAUCAUCCCUACCAUAACAUAUAUAUAUAUAUAUAUAUUGAAUAAGAUUCAGAUGAUGAACAAUGAAGCAGAGAAAGGAUUUGAGUUAACGCAAAUGAUUAGUUGCUCGUAGAUGACAAGUUCCUCUGCUUCGCCACAUCUUCAGAGAUUAGAUUGCUCACCCAUGGACAGUACCAUACUACUCAAACCAGUUUCCCAUGAAAAUGUCACAUGUGUGGUUAGAUUUGGUUGGCUAAUUAAGCCUUGUGCAAGCUUGGAACCUGGAUGUCUUGCUAGCCGGCUAAUUUUUACUUCAUUUUCUGAGGUACUAGUGUUGCUCUCCGACAUCAAUAAUGCCGUGCAUGGGAAGGGCAGCCGAUGUGCCAGGCCUCAGGCCCUUGCAAACCUUGUAUUGUAGGGUCAGCUGGUAUUGAGUGCAGCAGCUUGAUCUCUUGUGGCCCUCAAAAGCAAAAUAUUUAGCUUAGUUUCUUCUGCAUUGUAUUUGUCCUACCGCUUGUUCA